AACAACAACAACAAACCCUUGAGGUGCCGCCGGAUAAAAUCAUCUUCGCGUUGAAAAUCCCCUCAAUUGCUCGCAGCUUCGACACCAUCCCCCGGCACCGUAGAAACCGGUAAAUUAAUAUCAUCCGUCAGGCGGUAAAGUCAUUCGUUAUCACCGUUCUAUCCGCAGGCAAUAUCGCGAGUUUAGUCCAGCACCUGCAUCGAAUACACGCUCACGCACACACACACUGUGACGCUUGCCACAGGCGCCUUUCACCGUGCUCACCGUGGUCCAGAUUUGGGACAGUGCAUUCGUACGCAGGCCGUAGGCGCGGACCCUGACCUUCGCGCUGUACCGAUCAGCACACACACGAACAGUUAACGAUCAGUCGGUGUCCGCACAACAUCGGAUCCCAAUUACACUCGAUCUCACCCCGGUGCCCGAAGUCAUCGCGUUAGGAGCGUUCCCCUGCUAAAGUGUGUUUCCGAAAUGUCCGACAAAAAGCGACCUGUUUACGUGCAGUACGUCCUUGGAGGACUAUCUGGCAUCGGAGCGACAUGUGUCGUGCAGCCGCUGGAUCUGGUGAAAACGCGCAUGCAAAUCUCCGGCAUGGGCGGUGCGGCCAAGGAGUACAACAACACGUUCGACGCGAUCGGCAAGAUCAUGCGGCGUGAGGGCGUGCUGGCGAUGUACAAGGGGCUGAGCGCCGCCAUCAUGCGACAGGCUACCUACACCACGACCCGCCUCGGUGUGUACACGUCGCUCAAUGAUGCCUACAAACAGAAAACCAACAAAACACCGAACCUGCUCGCCUCGAUGGCCAUGGGCAUGACGGCCGGUGCGAUCGGUUCCUUUGUCGGCAAUCCGAGCGAGCUGAUCCUGAUCCGGAUGACGGCCGACGGCCGCUUGCCAGUGGACGAGCGGCGCAACUACACCGGCUUCUUCAACGCUCUGUUCCGGAUUGCCCGGGAAGAAGGUGUCCUGUCGCUAUGGCGCGGUUGCGUACCGACGAUGGGCCGCGCGAUGGUGGUAAAUGCCGCCCAGCUCGCUUCCUACUCGCAAGCCAAGGCGUACCUGGUCAGCUCGCAGCUGCUCCAGGAAGGUAUUGGACUGCACUUUACCGCCAGUAUGUUCUCGGGACUGAUCACGACGGCCGCCUCCCUACCAGUCGACAUUGCCAAGACAAGAAUUCAAAACAUGAAGGUUGCGCCGGGUGAAGUGCCGCCAUACAAGAGCACGGUCGACGUCAUCGUGAAGGUAAUCCGGCACGAGGGUCUGUUUGCGCUCUGGAAGGGCUUCACCGCCUACUACGGCCGGCUCGGCCCGCACACCGUGCUAACGUUCAUCAUUCUGGAGCAGCUGAACGGGCUGUACAACAAGCACAUGGGCGUGGAGGGCAGCAAAUCGGGCCUGUAAGCGGUCCGAUCAUCUUCCUUCCAUCCAUCCCUCCCUACCUCUUCCGUUAGCCACGUGUUCAAUCCCUCUCGUGGCGAGAGAGAGCGAGAGAGAGAGAGAGAGAGAGAGAGAGAGAGAGAGAGAGAGAGAGAGAGAGAGAGAGAGAGAGAGAGAGAGAGAGAGAGAGACAGGGCGGCAGCGAACACGACAACGCCGGAAACGCACGCCGCUGCUGCUGUGCACGCAUUUCUUUCGAUGGCAAUUUGUAAAUGUUACUUUCCGUUUUUUAUUUCCUGCUAUGUAACUUUUUGUUGCUGUAUCAUCACCCUCAAACAACCCCAGAAAUUGAUAAAAAGCUGAGCUUAAUAGAUAGAGAGAUAAAGAAGAUGCCGUAUUACUUCGGAAUUGCCGGUAAAAAAGCACACAGAUUUAAAGGAAAACAACCAGCCACAAAUAACUGUUUCGAAACACACCUGUUUGGUUGCAUGGCAACCUUCAAAUGUUCAACAUCGCACAUCCCCCUACAACGCAACGGAGAUUCGGUUUCGUUUGCAAAAAAAACGUUGGCAACCGUCCAAGCAAGCGCGGGAUGGCGCCACGCUAGAGUAAUGCCGCGACGCGUCUUUCAACUUUCCCUGCUUCGCCGGGCUGUGCUGCUGACCGACUGCCAGCCAGUCAGUCAGUCAGUUGUGAACUUGAGCCGGCAAAUGAUAGGAUAGCAAUUCGUAAUGCAAUAUUAAAUCGUAGGGUAGCAGCAGUAGCACAACGCUUUAAGCCGAGAAACACACACACUAGGAAGGAAACGAAUUGUGACAAUAUAGUGCGGGAAUAGUGUUUUUUUUAUAGUAGCAAGUGGAGCAGUUGCCACAACGUCCUGUAUUCAGGAAACGUUCGCACCGUGAAGCAGCUGCAGCAUCAGCAGGAGAAUAACCGAAUGUUCGUGUACGUGUAUAUGUAUAAUAUAUAUAUUUUUUCGCCGUUUGUUUUUCGCCCAUUUAGGAACUCUAGAGUCAAGGGUAAUAUACAUACACACAACACAAUACAGAAGAAACACACCGGAAAUAAAACCACAACAACGCAUAGCGAACGAGAA